GCGACACUAAGCUAGAGGUCAACGUCGUCAGCGCAUUCCAUGUUUGUGGACGGCAAGAAAACCAUGAGACCAAGGAUGCUGGUACACUGUGCUGCAUACGGUUGUGUAAAAUGUCGUACAAUUAUGACAUGGGAACUGGGAGUCCCUUUCACAUGUAAAGAUUUUUUUAAGUGUUUUUCCCCCAGAUUUUGUGUAUUCAUAGCAUACGCUUAGGCGUUGACAAAACAGUAACCCUCAUGAAAAUCGGUUGAGGAAUAUGCAAGGUAAGACUUAAUUUCACUGUGCGUGCAUUGCCUUCUAUAGGAACGUCGACCUCCCCAACAUGGCCGCUAUAUAAGCUACAUCAUAGCAACUUAUUCAUAUCUAUGGUUUUUAGCAUGUUCUCCUUUUUGGCUAAUUCAAGACCCGCUACGAUGAGGAGGGGGGGGGGGGGGGGUCAUAAGCAAAACAAAAUUAAAAAAUAAACUUCGCUAGAAGCCGUCAUCUUGUAAUCAUGGUCUCUUGGUCACAACUUCACAGCCAUUUUAUUAUUUUAAAGUUUUUGUAUACUUAAUUGUAAAACAUCAAGAGAACGUUUUUUUUUCAGCAGAUAUACAGUUAAUUUUUGCAUGGAAAAGUGUCUCUGGUGAUGGUUCGCGUACCCCCAACAGUGCCCAAAUUCUAAAAGCUAAAAAAAAAAAAAAAAACGAUGUUUGCUAACAGCAAAAUGGCGGCUACUCGUUUACGCGCCUUGAAAGUGACCGGAUAUUCGUCUUUUGCCUUUAAAGAGGUACCCGGAUGUUCACCUUCCGCCUCCAAGGAGUCGCAAGUUUUCCUGCCUCCUCCUCCCAGGUGCUGUUGAGCCUCCAACAUUUUGCUCGUGCUCUGCGUUAAACGCCAUUACGGUAAAUGUGCUCCAACUCGGCGAGGCUUUGAGCAACACAAGCGGCUCACACACGCCUGCACUCGGGAGGAUGACGCGGGACAUUAAUCCUCCUCCAUAAAAACCGGCGAGCCAUGCGACGACCGCCUCCGCGGGGAAGCUCUCCACGUCUACCCACCUCGCUCGGACCGUCCACGGGAAGCUAAGAAGGGAGUUUUACCCGAUUUAUUUCUUGGCUAGCGACCCUUCCAUCCAGUCUGGGCUUUUUUUUUUUUUUUUUGUUACCCACAAGGGGGGUGUGGCGUCUAUCCCAACCGGGAAGCCUGUUUCAAGCCUUUAUCAGCACCGACUGAGACAGCGACACGCCGGCCGAAGGAGAGCGUCGUCCGGCGGGUCUCAUCCCCGCGAAACAGGAGGCGGAGGAGGAGGGUGCCCUCCUGGUGGAGGAAGGGAAGGGGAGGGGGGCUGAAAUCUGGAAACACCAGACGGCGUGAAAAUGACGAUGUCCGUCCCGGAGAGGAAAUCGGGAUCCGAGGGGAAGGAGGAGGAGAGCGAGGAUGAGAGCGAGAUCCUGGAGGAAAGCCCCUGUGGACGAUGGCAGAAGCGCAAAGAACAGGUGAGCCAAGGCAAUGUGCCAGGCGUGGAAAGUGCCUCGCUGGCCAUGGACACGGAGGAAGGGGUGGAGGUGGUGUGGAACGAGGUGCUUUUCUCCGACAAGAAGGUCUUCAAAGCGCAGGAGGAGAAGAUCAAGGAGAUGUUUGAGAACCUGAUGCAGGUGGAGCACCCCAACAUCGUCAAGUUCCACAAGUAUUGGCUGGAUAUGAAGGAAAGUCAGGCUCGGGUAAUCUUCAUCACAGAAUACAUGUCGUCGGGCAGCCUCAAGCAGUUUCUCAAGAAAACCAAGAAGAACCACAAGACCAUGAAUGUGAAGGCCUGGAAACGAUGGUGCACGCAGAUCCUCUCAGCACUCAAUUAUCUGCACUCGUGCGAUCCGCCAAUCAUCCACGGCAACCUGACGUGUGACACCAUCUUCAUCCAGCACAACGGACUCAUCAAGAUCGGCUCAGUGUGGCAUCGGCUCUUUGUUAACGUAUUCCCGGAUGCCAACGUCCAGGGCAAAGGGAGGCAACAUCGCGACGAGCAGAGGAAUCUUCAUUUUUUUGCUCCGGAAUAUGGAACCGGCGAAGAUGAUUACGCCAUAGACAUUUUCUCUUUCGGCAUCUGCGCUCUGGAGAUGGCAGUGUUGGAGAUCCAGGCCAACGGCGAUGCUGCCGUUUCCAAGGAGGCCAUCGUCAACGCCGGCCAAUCCCUGGAAGACCCUCUCAUGAGAGAGUUCACACAGUCGUGUUUGCGCCCCGACGCAAAGCUCCGUCCGACCGCCCACGACCUCCUCUUCCACCGCGUCCUUUUCGAGGUGCACUCCCUCAAACUGCUGGCCGCCCACUGCCUCAUUAACAACCAGUACUUGCUUCCCGAGAACUGCGUGGAAGAGAGGACCAAGUCCUUCGACCCCAAUGCCGUCAUGGCAGAGAUCAAGCAUGAAGACAGGCUGGGAGUUCAGCUAAAGUACUCCCAUGUGUCCCCUUUGGAGCUGGACAAGUUUCUGGAGGACGUCAAGAAUGGGAUUUACCCAUUGAUGAACUUUGCCUCGUCCCGGCCCCAUCCCGUCCCUCGCGCCCUCUCCUUGUCGCAGGAGCAGGUGGAGACAGUCAAGACGCCCACGCCGGAACCCCAGGAGACGGAGAGCAGGAAGGUCAUUCAGAUUCACUGCAACUUGGAGUCGAAUGAAGAAGGGACCAAAACUCAUGUGAGUCACGUAGUACAUCAGAUGGACGACAAACUUCACCGGCAGCUUAGCUGUGACAUCCUCCCAACUGACACAUCCAAAGACCUUGCCAGCGAGCUUGUUCACUACGCCUUCAUAAAUGAGGAGGACAUCGAGAAGGUGGCCGGGUUCCUGGAAGACGCCAUGAAACGACACCGGGUUGGCGCUCUGCCCUCUGGGAGCACGCAGUGAGGGGACGGACGGGGGAGUCGCGGCAGCCCCAGGACGGAUGGCAGUUGGGGCCCAGAGGCCUUUGAGGGACCUUUUAUGGCAUCUUACAGCCGGAAACGGAGGGAGCAGGAGCCUCUUUGGAGUGAGAGGAACACUGAGGGAUGUUUAAAAAAACAAAAAAACAACAACAACAACAGAAGGCUCAACGGAGAAGUCACAGCAAACGGGGAAAGGCAACAGGAGGACCAGACGCUUCAUGGUUGUGUUCAGAUCCACUCCGUCCAAAGGGCUCGUUUGCCUUAACACGUGUUGGUUCCGUAGCGGAUGCCAUUAUCCCAGACAUUCGUUUUACCUGCAGCCAUCCUGUCAAACGAAUGUUUUACUCUGCAACGUUUUUGCACUCCAGCAUCCACCCCCGUCCGACCUUUUUUUGUACUCCAUCCAUUGUGCGCUGUUAACACUCAUUCACUGUGGAAUUAUUUAUUAUCGGGAAGCGUCGCACAAGGUUGUGGUGUUUAGUCGCUCUCUCUAAUAUUUUUCACACUGCAUUUCCUUCAACUUUUCCCCAGGUCUAAAUGGCAGUGCUCUUAAGGGCUUCUCCCACUGAAAGUGUUCUGAGUGCCGAAGACUUGUUGCAAAGUGCCUCAUCCAGUGACAAAAGACAAUUAAAAUAGAAUUAAGGCUAAUUGACUAAUUGGGAAUGAAUGGUAUAAAGGUGCAUCUCAAUAAAUGGUACAAAUGUUCUACUUGAGAACAUCCGCGAGUAGUUGUCACCUCACCUCAAAUGGUUUAUAAUUGCUUACAGAUGCCACAAGAUGGCAGCAAAGCACUACUUUCUAUUAGAAAUUGCUCUGUCCUAUGUAAAUGACGCGCCUCCCCUCACUUCAACAUAAAGUGGUAGCUUGCAAUACGGGCACUCGUAUCCCAAAUUUUUGCUUGUAUCUCAAGACAAACAAUCUGUUUGUAUCUUGAAAAACUCAUAAGUCAAGGCACUCGUAUUCGUAGACGCUUGGGCCUGAGCACAAAAACAACAAAUAGCAUAGAUGGAUGAACAAGAUUUGUAGUAAAUGAAUAUUAAUUUUCAGACCGAGCAAGUGAAAUUGAAUAAUUUCCCAGCACAAUAGUUGGGAAUAACUCAUUUAGUCUAUGUAAUGAGUUUGACUUUUUAAAUUGAACUCCUGAAAUAAAUUAUGUACUCCACCAUAUUUUGUUUUUAGAGCGGCACAGGUAUGUUUGAUAUGAAUGUGCAAAAGAACUUCUUGUGUAUUGGAUGUAAAUAUUAUUUUGAAUCAUUGACAUAUUUUGUCAACCAUGUAACUCGUUUGCUUUAUUUUUCUGUUGCCCGCAUUAAUUAAGUCUAGUAAGUAAUAAUCCAUCCAAAUUGUAAUAUUUAUUUUUUCAAUAGCCAUAGCAUUAGUCUAUUAUUAUUGCUAUUAAAUGUACAAUGUUCAAUAUUAUUAUUAGGGCCCUCUUGAAAUUGCUGUUAUUAUUCUUACAGCAAAUGAAUUGCCUUUUAAGGGCCUUAACAUGCCCAAACUCAAUUUUUUUUUUGCCGGUGUGUGUUUAAUUUAUGUAUUUUUGGGAUCCCAUAAACAACCUCUCAAAACUCAAUCCUGUAGCGCCCCCUGGAAAGUUAGGGGAUAUAAAUAGCCCCUUACAACGAUUUCACCAAUUAACAACAAAUUUGGUGGGCAUGUCUAUCAUAAAAGCACGCACGAAAAAGUCUCUACCAACCAUGCCAGAAAUUAAUCAGGUAGUUCACCAUUUUGGGUUUACUUUAAAGUUUCAUUUUGAUUCCUAAAGGAUGUCGAUCCUGAAAUGUAACAUGCAAUAGAUGUUUCAAGUAAUGUAAAUUAUUCGCUUCCAGCAAAAAAACAUUUUCCCAAUACAGCUUGACAUAAAAAAAAAAUUGUCUACACUUUUUUUUUUUUUGCUCUGUAAAUUCCGAGUUAAAUAACAGACUGUUGUACAGUGAUUGCUGUAAGAUUUAUUUUUUGCCUAUCUCUGCAGACGGGAUUCCGGAAUCUUCCCAGGUAGUCAUCUUCCAUGCAGGUUGUGCAGUAACUUUCUAUCCGGCUUUUUGGGCGAAGUUUACUACGGAUCCUAAUCCAAUGUGAAACAGUGCCUCUCUUGCUCUUUUAACAUCUUGUAAACGGCAUGUCUUAAAAAAAAGCCUGCAAGCAUUCAAAACUUUGCAUUUUGCCUUUGUCAAUAACAGUUCAGUUCCAGAAAGGCGGGGGAGGGAUGCUGAUCGUGAAUGUUUGCAUACAUGGUACAAUAAUAAUAAUAAUCAUCAUAUUGGUCUUAUCUGUCAAGGCUGUUGAAUGAAACUUGCGUUUGGAUGUGCUCCAUUUAAACAUUUGUAAAAUAUUGUAGCAAUGGCAAUUAAAUAAACAUAUGCUGUGUGA